UCUAUAUGCCGGCACCACACGGCACUCGAUAUAAACAAAUUUCCCUCAACAAGUUUUGUAUGCCGCGACUGGAUCUAACAGCACAUACCUACACAAAGGGUUGAAAUCCUACACUUGAAAGAGGCGCUUCACGGUCCGUUCCACCUGCGCACGCGACGUUAAUAAAAGGGCGUUUAGAACCGGCGCCCGCGCAUUCCUGCAGUGCUUUUCAUGGGUACUUAACGGUGGUUAACAUGUCUAAACUUAUCCGGGAGAAGAGUGACUACGGUAGGAAGGUGCAGGAGAAAGCAGUGAUGGAGAAGAGACAAAUGGCCAUAGAGCGCGCAGCGGCGGUGGACGCGCCCGUCUCAAUUCCACCACAGACGCGCAUCGUGACGCUUCAGCAUGGAGAACACAAUGACUCCACCCUCUUCAGGCUGGAGAAAGGCUGCUAUUUACAUUUCUGCCCGGGGCCCAGUCUACUCGGGCGCAAAGUGUUCCUCUACACCAAUUAUGUGAUGUCAGAUAAUCAAGAAGAGAAAAAUGCCGACCAACCGGAGUUCAUACGCAACCAGUACUACGGCCUGGAGUGGCGCCGCUCGUCCCCCGACGAGGCUGCCGGCGUUCUCGGCACGGGCGUACUCGUAGACGACACCGACCUGUAUUGCGAGCUCAAAGUAAACAGGGCCGGCUCGUUCCAUUACUACUUCGUGUAUGAUAACGCUGAGUCCCCGAUAGGGCCCCAGGGUUCCGGUUGGUUCCAAGUGCCGCCCACUCUCCGAGCUGGUACAUCGCAAGAGGAGAUACCACUGGACUCACUCAUGUGCCAGACGGUGCUUGCCAAAUGUUUAGGGCCUCUGCCUCGCUGGGAGAAUGUGUUGCGGGUGACCAAGGAGGCUGGGUACAACAUGAUCCACUUCACCCCAGUACAGGAACUAGGCGCUUCGAACUCAAGUUACAGCAUCGCCAACCAACUGCGUCUGAACCCCAAGUUCAGCUUGGAACCAGGUCGCGAAGCCACUUUCGCGGAUGUCGAGAACUUGGUAUCUAAGAUGAGAAAUGAGUGGAAGAUGCUGUCAAUUUGCGACAUAGUCCUCAACCACACAGCGAACGAGACACCCUGGCUGGUGACUCAUCCCGAAGCCACUUACAACUGUCACAACUGUCCACACCUUCGACCCGCUGCGUUGUUGGACGCGUUACUGGCGCGACUUAGCGCUGACGUGGCCAGGGGGGAUUACGAGGGGAAAGGGGUGCCCAGGAAGGUCAAUCAUCAUGAUCAUCUCGAGGCGAUAAGACACCUCCUGACCACACAACUGGUGCCCGAAGCGAGGCUUCACGAGAUGUUCAUGUCUAACACAGCGGACAUAGUGCAGGAGUUCUACUACAUGGCCAGGAACAAGGUGCCUCCAGUGAAGUCGAGCGCGGAAUCUGAUCGCGGAGAGUUGAAGCUGAUCCCCGACCCUCAGUUCCGAAGGUUGAAGGCCACUGUCGACCUGGACUUGGCGCUUCAGAUCUACAAUGUUUACAGAAACGACUGUUACGACGAAGAGUCUCGCCUGAAGAAAUGCUGCGAAGAGUUGAAGCGUAAACUGGAACAGCUGAACGACGCCGCGGCCGAAGAGUUGAGGGAACAUUUGAGAGCUGCCGUCGAUAAUGCCGUGGCCGGCAUGAGAUAUUUCCGGCUCCAAUCCGACGGUCCUAAGAUAGAGGAAGUCAGCGAAAAGCAUCCUCUGGUACCGAGAUACUUCACGUGGGGCUCAGGAAUCCGUGUUGAAACAAGUUCCCUGUCAGACGUGGAAGCCUCAUUGUUAGGAGACGCGGGACAACUUGUGAUGGCGCACAACGGCUGGGUGAUGGACGCGGACCCGCUGCAGGACUUCGCCGAUAAACAAAAUGGCGGACGGGUGUAUUUGAGGAGGGAGCUCAUUGCUUGGGGGGACAGUGUCAAGUUGAGGUACGGCGACCGCCCAGAAGACAGUCCGUUCCUGUGGUCCCACAUGCGGGAGUACGUGGAACUCACCGCCGAAGUCUUCGACGGACUGCGACUUGACAAUUGUCACUCAACGCCGUUACAUGUGGCCGAAUACAUGUUGGACUGUGCUCGCAACGUGAAGCCGGACUUGUACGUGGUGGCCGAGCUGUUCACCAACUCCGACCACGUCGACAACAUCUUCGUCAACCGGCUCGGGAUCACGUCGCUCGUGCGUGAGGCACUGAGCGCAUGGGAUUCCCACGAGCAAGGUCGGCUCGUACACCGUUUUGGUGGGCGUCCAGUCGGCUCGUUCAUACGCCCACCACGGAGACAGGCUAUACCCAGAGUGGCACACGCUAUGUUCUUGGACCUCACACACGAUAAUCCUUCGCCAUUGGAGAAGAGAUCCGUAUUCGACAUGUUGCCGUCGGCCGCUUUGGUUUCAAUGGCGUGCUGUGCGACCGGUUCCACUAGGGGAUACGAUGAGCUGGUGCCCCAUCACAUCCACGUGGUAGACGAGAACCGUCUGUACCCAGAGUGGGGCGAGUCGGAUGGCGAUGAACCCAGAGUGGGUCCCAACAGUGGGAUCAUGUCGGCCAAGCGGGCGUUGAACGAUUUACACGCUGAAUUGGCUAGAGCUGGAUAUUCUGAGGUGUACGUGGACCAAAUGGACGCCGACGUGGUGGCUGUGACCAGACACGAGCCGCGGUCACGAAAAUCGGUGAUAAUGGUCGCAUUCACCGCGUUCAACUCCCCCGACCCGAGUCAUGGUGGGCGGUAUGUGAAACCGCUUAAGUUCGAGGGCGAAUUACAAGAGAUCAUAUUCGAGGCUGAUCUUACUCAUGUGGACCACAAGAACACCGGACGUCCCCUCCCCCCGCCCGCCGCCGCCGCUGCGCACGCGCGCCUGAUAACGGGGCUCGCGGAGUACUCGUGCGCCGUGCGCCGCGCCGUGCCGCUGGAGCAGGCGCGCGCGUUCUCGCUCGCACGCCGCGACGGAGCGCACACCGUGCUGGAGUUCCGCCCGCUGAGGCCGGGCACCGUGGUCUGCGUCAGAGUGGCGCCGUUCAAGGAGCAUAAAACGGCGCUAUCAUCGCUCGCGCGUCAACUCGACCUCAUCCACUCAUCACGACCUGACCCACUGGGCUUAUCGUCGAGCCUGUCAGAACUUGACCUGGCCGACUUCAACACGCUUCUAUACCGCUGCGAAGCUGAGGAGCGUGAAGCGGGAGGCGGGGGAGUUUAUGACGUGCCAGGACUUGGACCGGCGCCGUAUGCUGGAUUACAGGGUGUCGCCUCCCUUCUAUCGGAAGUUCAUUCAACGGACGAUCUUGGCCAUCCAUUGUGCGACAAUCUACGCGCCGGUGAUUGGCUACUAGACUACCAAUGGCAACGUCUGGAAAGAGACCAGAGACUGAGUGGAAUAUCGAAUCGAAUCCGCGACAUCUUACGGCCAUUGAGCGAACUACCAAGAUUCUUAGUUCCGACUUACGCCGAUGCGCUUUUGACGGCGCUGUACGAUGAGGUGGCUAAAGCGGCUUUAAAUAGAUUGGGCGCCCCAGGGCGGGGCGGCUCGUUCUCCCGCCUGCUGGCGCUGACGAGCGUGCAGCUGGCGGCCAGCGUGCCGUCCGCCGGCCUGCCCGCGCCCUCGCCCGCGCUGCCGCCGCCGCGCCCGCGCGCCAGCCUCACGCUGUCCGCGGGGUUGCCGCACUUCGCGGUCGGCUACAUGCGCUGCUGGGGCCGCGACACGUUCGUGGCGCUGCGGGGCAUGUUCCUGCUGACGGAGCGGUAUCAGGACGCCCGCUUCCACAUCCUGGGCUUCGCAGCGUGCCUCCGCCACGGCCUGAUCCCCAACCUGCUGGACGGCGGGCCCCGCGCCAGGUACAACUGCCGCGACGCUGUCUGGUGGUGGCUGCAAAGCAUCAAGGAGUACUGCUCCAUGUCCCCACAAGGCUGCGGGCUGCUGUCGGAGCCGGUGUCGCGCCUGUUCCCGCAGGACGACAGCGAGCCCGCGCCGCCGGGCGCCGCCGACAUGCCGCUACAUGACAUCAUGCAGGAGGCCCUGGACGUACACUUCCAGGGUCUAGUCUUCCGCGAACGCAACGCAGGUCGUGCCAUAGACGCUCACAUGUCGGACAAAGGGUUCAACAUUCAAAUCGGUGUGGACCCCGAGACCGGGUUCCCGUUUGGCGGGAACGACGCCAACUGUGGCACUUGGAUGGACAAGAUGGGGUCGUCGGAUAUUGCGGGGAAUAGAGGGAAACCAGCGACCCCACGCGACGGCUCCGCAGUAGAACUGGUGGGGCUCGCGUACUCCGUGGUGUCAUGGUUGUCCGCUCAGCACAGAGCAGCCAGAUACCCGUACCAGGGUGUGGUCAGGAGGCACAGAGACGGCAGCCUCACGUCCUGGACUUUUGGCCAAUGGGCGGACAAGAUCCGCAGCAACUUCGAGCGCUACUUCUGGAUCCCGAGCGCGCCGUCCGCCGCGGACCAGCGGCCCGACCUGGUGCACCGCCGGGGCGUGUACAAGGACAGCCACGGCGCCUCCAGGCCCUGGGCAGAUUAUCAGCUGAGGUGCAACUUCCCCAUCGCGAUGGCCGUCGCACCGGACCUGUUCGAUCCGAAGAGGGCCUGGGCUGCGUUAGACAUGGUGGAGAAACUCCUACUCGGACCUUUGGGACUGAAGACCUUGGACCCUGAAGACUGGGCUUACCGCGGCGAUUACGACAAUUCCAACAACAGCGACGAUCCUAGUGUGGCGCACGGGUUUAAUUACCAUCAGGGCCCCGAGUGGACCUGGCCGCUGGGCUUCUACCUGCUGGCGCGGCUGAGGUUCGCGCAGGCCGCCGGGCGCGCCGCGCGCACGCUGGGCGCCGUGUACGCCGCGCUCGGCCCGCUGAGCGCGGAGAUACACGGCGCGCCGUGGCGGGGGCUGCCCGAGCUCGCCAACGCGGGCGGCGCUUACUGCAGGGACUCUUGUCGGACGCAGGCAUGGAGCUCCGCCCUAGUGCUGGAGGUGCUCCACGCGCUGGAGGCGGCGCGGCGCGCGCGGCCGCUGGGCGACUGACGCGCGCGGCCGCGGCGACUGCGCCACGCGCCCCGCACGCCCUCCCCGCGCCGCCUCUACGCCGAGCCCUACGAGCGCGCCCCCCGCCCCGCGCGCCGCCGCACCGCGCUCGCCCGCCUGCUACGCCGUAGGCCCGCGCCCGAGCGCCUCUCGCGCACCAUCUACAACCUGCUGCACAGUCGUAGCGGAUCCCUCGCCACCGUCGUCUACAGCGACAGGUAUUUCAAAUAUGGAUUGCCUCUGCACGCGCGUUUCAUUCCAUCCAGAAACAUCGAUCUGCUACGACAAAACCGGCCAAUGAGAACGACGCAUUUCGUUCCGUUGAAGACUGCGACGCCGCGAUUGGCCGUCGGCGCGGGGUUGUUGCAAGGGGCGAACGCGCGUAUACUCUACCCUCCGCCGCGAUACGCUCCGAUACGACGCGCCCGACGGGAUAUCCCGCGAAUAUUCAUCUUGUCUUCGGAUACUCGAUUUGAAACUCGUGAGUUCGAGAAUCGAAUCGAUUGCAGGCGUCAACUCGAGUAUCGUCGUCCGAAGGCUGGUUUCCCGCCGUUCGCAUUUACUAAAGACCCGCCACGCGCUUCGCUCCAACGCUGCGUCAGUCGGCUAUCUUUGUCUUCCAUCAUAUCUACCGAAGCACCUAAACCACAAUUCGCACUCGACGAAUAUACCUACAUCGAUGAUAAAACUGAUUGCGAUUCUAUGAAAGAGAGAAAAAGUAGUGUAUCACAAAAAGAGGUUAAUAAAUCGAGUGAUAAAUUGGAGCGUAAAAUUUUAAACACAGAGCGGUAUAAUAAUGGUGUGUCGGUGCCGCUGUUGGGUCGCAGACGCAGGUCAAGGUCGCAGAGGUCGAGGUCACGCGGGUCACGCGUGGUGAGGUCACGUGGCGGAGGUCAGCGCGCCACUAUCCGCGCGCUUCUCGCUAGUAGCGCGUUUUUCUACGCGCUGGCGUUUGUCGUGUUUUAUUUUCUAAGUUUGGCAUAAUUUGCGCAAAGGUCGUACCGUUAAUAAGGUUCACAAUGUUAUUUUUACUUAAGAAAACAUUUGUCAUAUAUGUUCAUUAAAUUGGCGUAAUGUGUCGCAAUCGUAAAUUGCCAAUGGUUUAUUAAAAAUGGCCAAAGUGUUAUUAAAAUAUGUCGUCAUAAGAAACGCUUCACAAAUAAAAUCAAUUUAACGUAAACUGCUUGUUUACUUUUAAUUGAUUAACAUUUUAUGCAAAUAUGUGACAGGAAACGCGUUUUCACAUAUAAAAUGGUUUAUAAUAAGAAGGCAGUGUUAUACUUUUCUUUUUUAAUCAGUUUUUUACCAAUAUGCAUGAUAAAUAGGACGGCUAAUUUUUAAAAUAUGUUUUUUGAUAUUAAAAUAAUAUUAUAAGUACAUUUUAAAAAUAUAAAUGUUAUUUUAAGGUAGUCAUGUUUUACCUAUAUCGAUGUGCGAAGUUUUUAUUUAUAUUGGUAGUGAGUUUUUAUAUUUUAAUAUAGCACACAUUUUUUUUUCAUCAAUAGUCACAAUUGAGAUGAGGCAAAGGUGUUUUAAUACGAAUUAUUGUUUAAGUGCCAUUAUAUUUAAUCUGUUCACGUUGUUGUUUUACAAAUCUAUACUUAUAUUAUAAAGCUGAAGAGUUUGUUUGUUUGUUUGAACGCGCUAAUCUCAGGAAUACAAAAUUAUUUUUGCGUUGAAUAGACCAUUUAUCGAGGAAGGCUUUACGCUAUAUAACAUCACGCUGCAACUAUAAGGAGCAAAGAAAUAAUGGAAUAUGUGAAAAAACCGGGGAAAAUUAUUCAUCCUUGAGAGCUUCAAUGAUGCCCAAAAUAAUUAUACCACAAGGACGAAGUCGCGGGCACAGCUAUAUACUAUACUCGCUAUAUAUGACAAAUUUAAGAUAAGAUAAAAUGUAACUAAUGGUUUAAAAUCGCUUGGCAAUAAAAGAACUAUAGUGGAAAUAUAAAAAAAAAUUAUGUCACAACACAAUAACUUCGUUUUUUCUACUUCAUUUGCAACAAAAUAUUAAACUCAUGUACGUUAGGUUAGUUUUAUAAUGUGCCAUCUUGUCACAAUUUUUAAUUAUAAUUAUUUAAGCAGAGCCUAUAUUUUUAGUGCGCAUAUCAUGUCACGCUAUGACAUAUAAGCGAUUAAUAGGAAACUUGAAAAUAAAUGAGGCCAAAUGAAGUCCUUAGUAUAUACAUACAUACUCUUUGAGGUUACAUUUUAGACAUAUAUGCGCAUUAUAUUAUAUGUUUUUAAAUAUAUUAUGUCUAUUAUAAGUAGGUGCAAUACUCACGCUGCAAGCUUGUGUGUCACUGGUCUAGAAAUUAGAUAAAAAUGUUUGUCAAAUUAUGAGAUUAAUAUAACGUUACGUCAUUUAAACGUUGUUUUAAGAUGUAUUCCUAUAUGAACUUUUCUUUAAGGAAACGAUGAAAUUUAUUUGUAUUGUAAAACAAAAGAAAAACCAUAAAAAAGGUUUAUAUUUAAAGAAAUUUUAAAAUUUAAAUCAUAUUAUAUCUAAUAAAAUUAAUAACAAAAGUUUGUUUUAUUAAUAAUAAAUCUUUUUUUAAUAAUAAUAAUAUACAAAGGUAUAAGACGUGUUGUGUUUUCUUUCUAAAUAGUUUAAUAUUUAACAAAUAUAAAUUUUAUGAUAAAAUAUAUUGCUAUUUUCACUGUUAAUACCUAAAAAAACGCUUGUAGUUUAUUUUUAAAGUAACCGAAAUCCUUAAUAAAGACGCCAUUUUAAGUGGUUCCUUGUGUUGCCAUUGUGAAAAUUACGAAUUAUCAGCCGAAUUUUUAUCGCUUUCUAUUUAUUACUCUUAGAAUAAUUUUGGUUUUAUUUCACUUGUUAUAAAAGUUAAGCAGUUUUGUUUUUCAGCGCUAUGAAAUCGUAAUCAAUGUUUAUUUGUUAAUUUUAACUCUUUGGCAUGUUUUGUGAUAUCUCUAUUGACAUUAUGGUUCUGUGCUAAGAAAAAAAAUAAAGUAGUUUUGUCAUUA